AUGGCAACGAACAGAAACGUACAACGGACUUUGACUGGAGAAACCACAUCAGUGGUGUGUCAAUGUGGAAAGAUUUGUAAGAAUCAUCGAGGACUGAAGAUCCAUCAGACGAAGAGCGGUUGUCAGUCACAGCGAAAACAUCAGCAACGCACAGGUUUACCUGGUGAGACGGGGGAGAUAUCUGGUCAGGUUUCCAACCACAGUACUAGAAGUCUCCUAGCUCCUGUUUUUUCGAUGGCUGGUAGCAGGUUGACGGGGGAGGUAACACAGUCCAUAGAUGACCUCUUGAGUAUGCAGGAAAAUAUACAUGUUAUUGUUCCUGAGGAGCAAGAAAAUGAUGUACGAGAUGAAGAAGAGGACUCACCAAUAUUCAGGCUGAAUAAUACAAGGAAGGACUCGCCUAUAUUUGGGCCAAGUUUAACCCAAUCCAGUGAGAGAGUCUCAGCCACAGAAAAUAGUACCGAAGAUCUACUUACCUUACCAGAGUCAUGGCGAACAUCACCACUUGCAGGAAGUACCAGGGUGACACACGACCUUGUCAAUGAAAGUAAGCCAACUUAUAGUGAGAGGAAACAGAAGAUUGCUUGGCCAAAGAUGAAUGACAAAGGCUGGGCAUUGUUUGACGAAGACUUAUACUUAGUUCUACAGUCAACACUCAUCGGAGCAGUGGGAAGGAAAUUGGAGGCACUUACUUCACUAAUAUACACACUUGGGAAGGAAAGAUUUGGCUUAGAAAAUAAAACCAAUCUCCCCCAACCGCCUCCAGUCCCUAACAGACGACUGUGUGAAAUAAAGAAGAUCCGACUAGAACUGCGGUCUCUCAGGAAGCAGUACAAGCAAUCAAGUAUGGUUGAGAAGGAAGGGAUUAAGCAACUCAGAGAGCAGAUACGAUCAAGACUCAAGUCGCUGACCAAUGCUGAAAGACUUAGACGAAAAAGGAGGGAAAAGACAAAGAAAAGAACAGCUUUCAUAUCAAACCCAUACAAAUUUACGAAAGAACUAUUGGGCGAGGAGAAAUGUGGUAAGCUAGAGAGUAGUCGAAAUGAGGUGGAAGAGUAUCUUAAGGAAACCCAUUCUGACCCACACCGAAGCGAAUCAUUGGGAGAAUGCGGAAGAAUCCAACCAGUAGACGAGCCUGCCAUUCCGCUAAACAUGAAGGAGCCCACAUGGAAAGAAAUAAACGAUGUGGUCAAGAAAGCACGCUCUUGCUCUGCCCCAGGCCCUAGUGGCAUCCCAUACAAGGUGUAUAAGAAAUGCCCAAAGCUUUUAAGAACACUAUGGUCACUUUUACGGGUGGUAUGGAGGAAAGGAAGCAUUCCAAAUUGCUGGCAGACAGCAGAGGGCUGUCUUGUCCCAAAGGAGAAGAACUCAAAGAAUAUAACACAGUUCCGAACCAUAUCAUUGUUGAGUGUGGAAGGAAAGAUUUUCUUCUCCAUCCUAGCCAAGAGAAUGACAACUUACAUGAUAGAAAAUAAGUAUAUCGACACGUCUGUACAGAAAGGUGGAAUCCCAGGAUUCUCUGGCUGCGUCGAGCACACUAGUGCGCUCACACAGCUGCUACACGAGGCAAGAAUCAACCAAAAAGACCUUACAGUAGUAUGGCUUGACCUUGCAAAUGCUUAUGGCUCUAUACCCCACCAACUUAUUCUUGAGGCACUACAGCACUACCAUGUUCCAGAACAAGCAAGAAAUUUGGUCACAAGCUACUUCAAUAACAUCCAUUUGAGGUUCUCAUGCAGUAGAUUUACCACAGAUUGGGUUCCACUGGAGAAAGGCAUUGUCACAGGAUGCACCAUCUCUGUCAUAUUGUUCGUUAUGGGUAUGAACAUGAUCAUCCGAGCAGCAGAGAGGGAAUCAAGAGGUCCACAGACAAAUGCCGGCAUUCGUCUCCCAUCCAAUAGGGGAUUCAUGGAUGACAUGACUAUCACCACAGAAACCCACAUCCAGGCGAGAUGGAUUCUGCACGCACUUGAUGAAACAGUGUCAUGGGCAAGGAUGUUAUUUAAGCCAAGAAAGUCAAGGUGUUUGGUAGUGAGGAAGGGGAAGGUAACAGACAGAUUCAAACUAACUAUACAGAAAGAAGAGAUUCCUUCGUUAGUCAACAACCCAGUAAAGUGUUUGGGAAAGUGGUUUGAUUCUACACUCAAGGACACCAAAAGCCAAGGAAGACUAAAACAGCAAGUCGAAGAAGGGCUAAAGAGAAUAGACAAGUCAGAACUCCCUGGAAAGUACAAAGCAUGGAUCUUCCAGCACGGUCUUUUAGCUAGACUUAUCUGGCCAUUGAUGGUCAAUGAAAUCCUAUCAGUUUGGUCGAGAAGCUGGAGCAGUCAGUUAGCAAGCAUCUAA